UACCUAUAUAACGAAGGUACGUAAAAUGUUGCGCUACACGUGCAACAUAGCAUUCCUAAACGAGCCCACAAUGUCUGCCAGUCAACAAGUAAACAUUUCAGCAAGACAACUCAAAGGUGAAAUCCAUCCAGUCAUUUUCAUUAUCCUUAGCAAUGAUUUCGGAAUCCUUGUAAGUAUUGGCUAGGUUGCCUGCCUCUCUCCUUCCACAAUGAGUUCAAACCUACAGUCACUGGGUCCUGAUUGUGACAGUGGAGCCCAGUUUGCACUGCAGGAUCCAGAGAUGGCAUCAGUGAAGCUGGAAGACUGCAGUCAAACACUGGAGCUGAAUGUCAAAAUUAAAGAUGAAGAAGAGGAGAAGAUUGGGAAAUCUGUUAGUCAUGGUAACAUUGAGACAUUCCCUACAUCCAGAGAGCAACAGCAGGAAGAUCACAGACCUAAGAGGUCUCACCAAUGCCCACAUUGCCGACUCAGAUUAAGUCUGAGGUCGGUAACAUCAACAGUGAGGACAAACCCAACCUGCCUCUCUCCUUCCACACUGAGUCCAAACCUACAGUCACUGGGUCCUGAUUGUGACAGUGGAGCCCAGUUUGUACCGCAGGAUCCAGAGAUGGCAUCAAUGAAUCUGGAAGACUGCAGUCAAACACUGAAACUGAAUGUCAUCAUUAAAGAUGAAGAAGAGGAGGAGAAGAUUGGAGACCAUGUUGAGACAUUCUCUACAUCCAGAGAGCAACAGCAGGAAGGUCACAGGGCUAAAAAGUCUCACCACUGCCCACAUUGUGAGGAGAUAUUCCCAAUUCUAUCAAAGCUAAAAAAACACCUUAAAAUACACACAGGAGAGAAUCUGUAUCCCUGUACUGACUGUGGGAAGAGAUUCACGACAUCAAGGUCUCUGACAGUUCAUCAGAGAACACACACAGGAGAGAAGCCUUACUCCUGCUCUGACUGUGGAAAGAGUUUCUCUAGAAUGACCAACUUAAAAACACAUGAACGUAUACAUACAGGAGUGAAGCCUUACUCCUGCUCUGUCUGUGGAAUGUGUUUCUCUAGACUAGGUGACUUAAAAACACAUGAACGUAUACAUACUGGAGUGAAGCCUUAUUCCUGCUCUGACUGUGACAAGAGUUUCUCUCGACUGGGCCACUUAAAAACACAUGAACGUAUACAUACAGGAGUGAAACCUUACUUCUGCUCUGACUGUGGAAAUAGUUUCUCUCGACUGGGAAACUUAAAAACACAUAAACGUAUACAUACAGGAGUGAAGCCUUACUCCUGCUCGUACUGUGGAAAGAGUUUCUCUCGACUGGGCGACUUAAAAACACAUGAACGUAUACAUACAGGAGUGAAUUCUUACUCCUGCUCUGAAUGUGGAAAGAGUUUCACUCGACUGGGCCACUUAAAAACACAUGAACGUAUACAUACAGGAGUGAAGCCUUACUCCUGCUUUGACUGUGGAAAGAGUUUCUCUCGACUGGAAAACUUAAGAAGACAUGAACGUAUACAUACAGGAGAGAAGCCUUACUCCUGCUCUGAUUGUGUAAAAUGCUUCACAACAUCAACUGACCUGAAAGUUCAUCAGAGAACACACACAGGAGAGAAGCCUUACCACUGAUCUGACUUACAGCUGAGCUAAAAGGGUCAUCGAUGAACACACACAGAAGAGAAGCCUUACUUCUGCUCUUAAUGUGGCAAGAGUUUCUCCAGAUUGGGCAAUGAAAAGACACAAAAACUGAUACACACUUGAGAGAAGCCUUAUCACUGCACUGACAGUGAGGGGAGAUUCUACAGAUUGGGCCAUUUAAAGACACCAUUGUAUACAUAAAGGAGAGAGUCCUUGUCAGUUCUCUCAGACCAGCUGAGAUUAGUCACUCAAUCACUUAAUUUUAAUUUCAUAAAAUAAUUGUCAACACUCUAUUGCAAUCCUAUUGUUUCUCACUGUGAGAACUGUGCAGAGGAAAGGGAGCAUUCUAGAAUUUUAGCCUUUCUUUACUUUACUGAUCAGUGUGCUCCAUGUCAGGUUGUGUGUUUUGUUAGCUUCUACUGUAAAGAUACUGAGAUCUUGGAUUUUCCCUUAGGGUUGAAUGUCCUCU